AUGAAGGAUGAUGAGAUGAAUAAUAAAGAUUCAUGUGAGUAUAGAGGUGGCCAAUCCACUAAUUUUAGAAAGGAUGCUAAAGAUCAUCGUGAGGGGUAUUUUCGGAAAGAACAUGGUAAAAAUUCCAUAAGAAACUCAUCUUUCAUUUCAGUAGCUAUUGAGUUUGAAACAUCUAUUGCCGAUUUCGUUGUUGUUGGCGUCAUAACAGAUCCAAGACCUAAUGACGUGUCGUCUGUUGCAUCUGAUUCUAUUAUAGUUGCUGCAAAAAGUAUAAAUGGGAUUGUUUCCGUAGGUUUCUACGGUGGUUUUUGUAGGGUAUUUGGGAUUAUAGAUUUGGAGGACAACUUAUCCCAUCCACCGAGUUUUUCUAAUUUUAAUGGCAAUGAUGGGUUCUCGGAGAAGUCAUAUAAUAAUUAUUCGUUUUUUAGUGAAAUUCAAAAUACUUUGGAAAUGGGAAAAGCAAUGGGGUAUAAUUUGGAUGGGUGUUUCGACCGAGUGAAAGAAAUAGUUGAGGGAAACGGGGAUAAAGUGGUUUUAAAAUCAAUUGUCUUUUUAUUAACAUCCAAAGAGCGGGUUGUAAAGACAAGCGGUGGUGGAUUAGAGCUUUUUGUCAUAAUCAUAAAGUUAACUUUUUAG